GAGUGGGCGUGUCCUGCUGUGUAUAUAGAAGCGGAGUUUCCUCGCGGACUCAGAGUUAAAGAUGUCUCCGCUGCUGCUGCUCGUGCUCGGCCUCGUGUUCCUGCUGCUCCUGAUGAUCCGGACCAGGACCAGGACCAGACGUGCUGGUGAACCACCGUUGAUUGACAGCUGGAUCCCGUUCUUGGGAAAAGCUCUGGAAUAUCGAGCAGAUUCCCGGAAGUUUCUGGAAGAAAAUUAUAGAAAACAUGGAGACGCGUUCACGGUGCAUCUCGCCGGUCGGUACAUCACCUUCGUCAUGAAUCCUAUACUGUAUCCGUACAUCAUUAAACAAGACUCUCAGCUGGAUUUCCACGAAUUCUCCGACCAGAUUUCUUCGUUUGCGUUCGGGUACACGCCGCUGUCUCACUGUGGCGUUCCCGGCCUGGAGGAUGAGAUUCAGCGAGGCUUCCAGUUACUGAAGGGAGAAAACCUGGACUCCACGUUAGAGGCCGUGAGCGCCAACCUCAUGCAGGUGCUGCGGCAGGACCACCUGGGGGCGGGGCCUGUGGGGGCGGGCAGCUGGAGGACCUCCAAUUUAUACGAGUUCUGUGACUCCAUCAUGUUCGAAACCAUCGCCCUCACGAUGUUCGGGAAGCCGCCGGGCGCCGGUUACCGUGGCGACAUCCAGGCUUUGAGAGAAGACUUCCACAAGUUUGACGACAUGUUUCCGCUGCUUGUGGCGCGCGUUCCUGUGAGGCUGCUCGGAAAUACCAAAGCCAUCCGCGACAAGUUCCAUAAGUACUUCCUGCCGCAGAGGAUGAAGGCGUGGUCCAACGGCAUGCGCUUCACGCAGACUCGAAUGGAGCUGUUUGACGGCUGUGACUCCAUGAAGGACACAGACAAAGCAGCUCAUCACUUUGCCAUGAUGUGGGCGUCGGUGGCGAACACCAUCCCCGCCAUCUUCUGGAACUUGUACGGCGUGAUGAGCGACCCGUCGGCGAUGGCGGCUAUUCGUGAGGAGAUGCGUGACGUUCUGGGACUGAGCGAAGACCAAGUCAACAGACCUGACACUGACCUGACACUGACCAGAGAACAGCUGGACAAACUCGUCUGUAUGGAGAGCACCAUCUCUGAGAGUCUCCGUAUGUCCACGUCCUCUGUCACCCUGCGCCUGGCUACUGAAGACACCAAGAUUCAGCUGGACGAGCGUCGCUGGUUUAACGUGAGGAAAGGAGACAUGGUCGCGAUGUUCCCUCAGACUCUGCACAUGGACCCCGAGGUUUAUGGCGAUCCUGAGACGUACAAGUUUGACCGCUUCGUUAAAGACGGUAAAAAGAAGACGGACUUCUACAAAUGCGGUCAGAAGCUGAAGUACUUCCUGUUGCCAUUUGGUUACGGCUCGUCACGAUGUCCGGGUCAGUACAUGGCCACGUACCUGAUGAAGCUGCUGCUCUGUGUGCUGCUGCUGCACUUUGACUUCCUGGUGGACCCGGGUCAGUCCACGCCGCCUCUGGACACCAGCAGAGCUGGGCUGGGGACGCUGCCACCCAGCAGCGACGUCCGCUUCAGAUACAGGCCGAGGACACGCCCACCUCACUGAUGCGUGUGUGUGUGUGUGUGUGUGUGUGUGUGUGUGUGUGUGUGUGUGUGGCCUUUUCCCAAACGACAGGACGCCGUCGACACUUCGCUGGGAAAAGGAAGUGAGCGUUACCACGGUGACUUGUGACAGCAGUCACCGUGGUAACUGUCCGCGACAAAUAAACAAAUCCAUGAAACACAA